GCGCGCGCACGUGGAGGGUCGCUCGCUGCAGUAGCUCCUCUCUGCGUCGACCUCUCGGACGCGCUGCUCACGAGGGCUGGCAGUCUCGCUGGCGGAGUUCCCUGGGCUGGUUACUGACUUCGGAGUGCUGUGUGGAGGAAGUUUGCGCUGUGCUUAGGAUUCGUGUUUCGAAGGUAUUUAUGAAUAUGGUCUCCCCUGGCCCUUCUCGCCGCGCUCCUGGCUACCCUGGGGCCCUCCGCGGGGUCCCCAACCUCCACCUCCACCUUAGUUAUGAUAGGAGACCCCCCUGUGGUAAGGACCCCCGAGGAAAGGUUCGCCCUUUUGCCUCAACUGGGGUAUCCGUGGACGCCCAAGUACCUGCACAUGAAGCGGGAAGGGAACCAGUUCGUCAGGGUGCAUUACAUUGACGAAGGUCCUCGCGACGCGUCCGAAACCCUCUUACUCCUCCACGGAACCCCGGCUUGGUCUUACCUCUACCGGAAGACGAUCCCAACCCUCCUCGCUGCCGGAUACCGAGUCGUAGCCAUAGACCACAUCGGGUUCGGACGAUCGGACAAGCUCACGGAUCCGGAGGCUUAUACUCAUGAACUGCAUGUGGCAACAGUGGUUAACGCCGUACGCGAUCUCGACUUGCAGGGCGUGACGCUUGUGGGCCACGACAUCGGGGGCCCGACGGGGCUGAGCGCCUUAUCGCGGGACUCCGGCCGCUACCGCCGCGUGAUCCUGCUCAACACGUGGCUCCCUCAAGGCGACAUGUUCUCGUCCCUCUCGAGCAUCAAGGAGCACCUGCCCUACCUGUCCUUCCGCGGUCUCACCCAGGUCCUCGGCCGCAACUUGCCCGUGGAGACCGUCUUCUCCAUGGCCACGCAGGCGUCCGCCGCCGAACUGCAGGGCUACGUGGCGCCGUACCCCUUCGUCGCUGUACAUGGCGGGUCCCUCCCGAUGGCCGCUCUUGAUCCCGACGUCCUACUCCGACCCCAUGGGCGUCGAGAACCGGAGGGUCGCCGCGUUCCUCGAGGGGUGGGGCGGGCCUGCCCUCGUGGCCUACAGCGACAGGGAGGUCUUCACUCGCCCCGGUCAGGACCUCUUCCGCCGCCUCCUGCCCAGAGCCUGCACCGCCACGGUCAACGACGCAGGGCACUUCUUGCAGGAGGAUCAGGGACCUGCCGUGGCGCGUCUGAUCGUGCAGUUCAUCCACGGACAGUGUUGAUGCGCGAGUGAGGACUGCGAAAGGGAUGACUUAUUAUUAAUGAUAUUUUUUUUUUACAUUCAUAUGAUUGUUAUCACUUCAUCUUAACAUAGAUAUCGAUGCUUUUCUCUGUGAUGCUCCAAUUUAGGAGUAAUGUGAAUGCUACUGAAUGCAUAUACUUGUGCUACUUCGUAUGAUGAAAGAGAGAAGAUGGCUUUUUUUAGGCAUUACACUUUUAAUUUAUGUCGUUACAUAUUUAUUCUGUCCAUUUGUUGUAGGCGAUAGCCGAAUACCGCACAGUGAAAAUAAAGGGUGAUCCUGAUAA